CCCUUCGAAUACUCUUUUCAAUAUUCUCUCUUUCCUCCAUAUUUCCUCUGCUGUCCUCACUAUCCUGACCCCAAUGGCAGACAUCCAGAAAGCCAGCAAUGUCGCCGACGGGGAAAAAGUCGCCCCGGCCAGUAUAUCAGACUCAAUACCCGACCGCAUCCUAGCGAACCCCCUCGCACACUUCCGCCCCGCCGAACUCGAGGCCCUCGGCCGCAACUUUGUCGUGGAGAAGGGGCUGGACGCGAAAUACAGGGAAUUGUUCCAGCGCGCGGCCUUGCUCGCGCAGAACCCGUUGUCGUUUCGGGAUGAAGAUUCGGAGUUUCGGACUAAUCCUAGGCUCGGCGCGGAGCGGGAAGCGCUGGAGAGGGAGUUGACGCAUAGGUGGGAUCAGCCGAAGAGUUUGUAUGCACUUGUGGUUAUGUGUUCGUUGGGAGCCGCUGUCCAGGGCUGGGAUGAAACUGCAGUCAAUGGAGCGAACACCUUUUACCAGAAGGCCUUCGGUAUAACCGACAAUAGAUGGCUUUACGGCUUUGUGAACUCGGCGCCCUAUCUAUGCUGCGCUCUAAUUGGGUGUUGGCUCACAGAACCCCUAAACCAUUUCUGCGGCCGCCGUGGUACAAUCUUCAUCUCGUGCGUGAUUAGUUCGGUCACAUGUCUCGGUCAAGGUCUCACCCAGACAUGGCAGCAGAUGCUUGCGACAAGAUUCUUACUUGGUCUCGGCAUCGGACCGAAGAGUGCAACAAUCCCGGUCUACGCAUCGGAAUGUACUCCCCCGACUAUCCGUGGUGGAUUGGUAAUGAUGUGGCAGAUGUGGACAGCAUUUGGGAUCAUGCUGGGACUGGUGAUGGGCGUGGCAUUAUUCCAUAUUGGCGACAGCACGGAUCAGGCGUUUAUAAACUGGCGCCUCAUGAUCGCUAGUCCUAUGUUUUUUCCAUUAAUCGUUUGUGCGCUUGUGUACUUCAGUCCUGAAUCGCCACGCUGGUACAUUAAAAAAGGAAACUAUGAAUCAGCCUUUAGAUCAUUAAUUCGUCUCCGCCACUCGAAAAUCCAAGCUGCACGGGACCUGAUAUACAUCGACGUCCUCCUGGAAGCUGAGAAGCGGAUCUCGAACCGCCGCAACCGCCUGGUAGAAGUCUUCACAGUCCCGCGAAACCGCCAUGCACUACAGGCAUCGCUCACGGUCAUGAUUAUGCAACAAUUCUGCGGAGUCAAUGUGCUCGCAUACUAUUCUUCCGAGGUCCUCAAGGGCUCCAAAACCGACUACAACAGCAUCCGCUACGCACUCUUAGGCAGCAUGGGCUUCGGCAUCAUCAACUUCCUAUUUGCAAUUCCGGCCGUGCGCACAAUAGACACCUUUGGCCGGCGAAACUUACUCUUAUUUACAUUUCCGCUGAUGGCGAUAUGCAUGCUGAUAACAUUCUUCCUGGAAGACAUACACAACAAGAAAGAUGGGGCACCACUAAGUCUCAUCGGAAUGUACCUCUUCGCCGCGGUGUAUUCUCCGGGCGAAGGCCCUGUCCCAUUCGUCUACUCAGCAGAGUGCUACCCGCUGUACAUCCGCGACAUAGGCAUGGCAAUCGCCACCGCCGUGACCUGGUUUUUCAACUGGCUGCUGACGAUCACGUGGCCGCCUCUCCACGAUGCGAUACACUCAGCCGCCUUCGGGGUUUAUGCUGCACUGAAUGUUAUUGGAUUCGUGGUCAUUCUGUUGCUCGUCCCUGAAACUAGGAAUCGUACGCUGGAGGAGUUGAAUAGCGUUUUCGAAGUGCCGACCAGGGAUCAGGCAAUGUAUGGCAUUCGUCAACUCUGGUGGUUCUUUGGAAGUUGGAUCUGGGGCAAGGGGGAGCAGGUUGAGAAGCCGGUUCUGGUUGUCGGGAAUAGGAGUCGGGAAGAUGUAGCGUUUCCGCCUAGAGAGGGCGAAUUUGGGAUCAGAGCCUUCCCACCGGGUCGCGAUUCUUCGUCGGUUCACGGAGCGACAUGAAUUUGCAUUUUCUUUUUAUCAAACUAAGGAGUCUAAUUACUUCCGGGCGUCAUGAAAUUUUGGGCUCGGGGGGAAUCAGUUGGAGUUUUGGAUUAUAAUCGUUUUUCUCUUUUCACAAAACAUCAUUAUGUUGCAACUUAUCAAAGAUCGGGAUAUCAUACUGUAUUGUUGUGAGGCGUUGCCGUAGCAAUCAUCUCAACAAAUUAAUAACAACGGCGAACUCUUAAGCAAC